UUGACAGUUUAGGAAAUUUAUGUCACAUACACGUGGAUAGAUUGUACAUUCGUUUGUAAAAUACAUUUAUCCUAGUUUACGUAAAAUGUCGAAAAGACGUGCAAACAAGAAAAAUUUUAAUUUAGAAGAUGACAACGACGAAGAAGAAGUAGCGAUUUCAAGAGUAAAUGCCGAAAAGAAUGACAUAACCUCAAAAUCAAGUAAAAGUAAAUCUACCAAGAAGGGCAAAAAAGGGAAAAAAGACGAUUGGAAUAAUGAAGACGAUGAUGAUACGAAGAUUGCCUCUUUGAUUGGUAAUGUGAAUGAAGAAAUACAACCAGCGGCAAAGAAAAGUGCAAAAAAGAAAUCUAAGAAAAAAGAUCAAGAGAGUUCAGGUAGUGAAGAUGAAGACAGUAAACCCGAAAUUAAAAGCGAACCUGAGUCAAAGAAGAAAACGGGGAAAAAGGAACUGGAUAUAUCUGAUGUUGAAGAAGAAGUGCAGCCAGUGAAAAAAAGUAAAAAGAACGCCAAGAACAAAAAGAAACAAGAAUUUAAUGAUGAAGAUGUAGACCAAGAGGAAAUACCUCAAGAAAGUGAUGACGAAAGUAAAGAUGAUAUAAACCAUGUUGAAAAUAAAAAACCUCCAGUAGCCGCUGAAGAUAUAGAUGAAAUUACAGAUCAGUUGUCAGAUGUCAAAGCAAGUGAAGAUGAGGUGAAGAAAGAACCUGAAGAAAAGAAGCUCACACACAAAGAGAAAAAAAAAUUAAAAAAACAACAAGAAUAUGAAAAACAGAUGGAGACUUUGUUAAAGAAAGGAGGUCAAGGGCAUUCAGAUUUAGAUAGUAAUUUUACCGUUUCACAGUCCCAAAAAUCUGCCGGUCAGUUAGCACACUUAGAAAAUGCUGUAGACAUUAAAAUAGAGAAUUUUGGUAUUUCUGCCAAAGGAAAUGAUUUAUUCGUUAACGCCAAUUUAUUAAUCGCGCAAGGACGUCACUAUGGUCUUGUUGGUCCUAAUGGACAUGGGAAAACUACACUAUUACGCCAUAUUGCUCAACGUGCGUUUGCGAUACCCCCAAAUAUUGAUAUUUUAUAUUGUGAACAAGAAGUCGUCGCGGAUGACUUUUCAGCAGUUGAUUCUGUAUUAAAAGCUGAUGUUAAACGAACUGAGUUGUUAGAUGAAUGCAAAAAGUUGGAAGAAACGUUCAAUGCUGGCGAUUUGUCAGUUCAAGACCGACUAAAUGAGAUAUACGCUGAAUUGAAAGCUAUUGGAGCAGAUUCAGCUGAACCAAGGGCUAGGCGAAUUUUAGCUGGUCUUGGAUUUACAAAAGAAAUGCAAGAUAGAGCAACUAAGAAUUUCUCAGGUGGCUGGCGAAUGAGAGUUUCCUUAGCCAGAGCCCUUUAUAUGGAGCCCACUUUACUACUUCUUGAUGAACCUACAAAUCAUUUAGAUCUAAAUGCAGUCAUUUGGUUAGAUAAUUACUUACAAGUAUGGAAAAAAACGUUGCUAAUAGUUUCCCAUGACCAGUCUUUCCUUGAUAACGUUUGCAAUGAAAUCAUUCACUUAGAUAAUCAAAAGUUGUUUUAUUACAAAGGAAACUAUUCAAUGUUUAAGAAAAUGUAUCAUCAGAAACGGAAAGAAAUGAUAAAAGAAUAUGAAAAGCAGGAAAAACGUUUGAAAGAGUUAAAAGCACAUGGUUCUUCAAAAAAACAAGCUGAGAAGAAACAAAAGGAAGCCUUGACGAGAAAACAAGAAAAAAAUAGGUCAAAAAUACAAAAACAAGAAGAUGAAACUGCUCCCACUGAACUUCUUCAGAAACCUAAAGAGUAUUUUGUAAAAUUUUCAUUUCCAGAACCGCCACCUUUGCAACCUCCUAUCCUAGGUCUACACAAUGUUACUUUUUCCUAUGAGGGUCAGAAACCGCUGUUUGUUGACACCGAUUUUGGCAUUGAUAUGAGUAGUAGAGUUGCAAUUGUGGGUCCUAAUGGAGUAGGAAAAUCAACAUUCUUGAAAUUAUUAACUAGUGAUUUGCAACCACAAAGAGGAGAAGUUAGGAAAAAUCAUAGACUUAGAAUUGGUAGAUUUGAUCAGCAUUCAGGAGAACAUUUAACUGCUGAAGAAAGUCCAGCCGAAUAUUUAAUGAGAUUAUUUGAUCUUCCAUAUGAAAAAGCCCGAAAGCAGUUGGGCACUUUUGGGCUUGCUAGUCAUGCCCAUACUAUUAAAAUGAAGGAUUUAUCUGGAGGUCAAAAAGCUCGCGUUGCUUUAGCUGAACUGUGCCUUAACGCCCCUGAUGUACUUAUACUGGACGAACCGACAAAUAAUUUGGACAUAGAAUCAAUUGAUGCAUUAGCUGAAGCUAUCAACGAAUAUAGUGGUGGUGUUAUUAUAGUGAGUCACGACGAACGCCUUAUAAGAGAAACUGAAUGCGCCUUAUACGUCAUAGAAGAUCAGACUAUAAACGAACUAGAUGGAGAUUUUGAUGACUACAGGAAAGAACUUUUGGAAAGUUUAGGCGAAGUAAUCAACAGCCCAAGCAUCGCAGCCAACGCCGCUGUCGCUCAAUAAAUAACUAUGUGUAUUGGCAUCCAGGUGCAAACGGUACCCCGAGAUAAAAUUUAGAAAAUCAAUUAUGAAUUUUAAUUAUGUCAGUAUACUAUAUUUACUUUAUAAAUCAGUUUUAUAAUAAGAAAAAAACAGCUUGCA